AUGGCGAUUGUUUCUCCGAGGUUACCGGCAUUAAUAGGGCUGUUAUUGGUACUGGCCACGGAUGCGUCGAAACUAAACAUCCCCAAAGUGUUAUUACCGCUCGCCAGAAGUACCAGAAUAAACUUCACGUUAGAAGCUACGGAGGGUUGUUACAGAUGGUCCUCCACCAGGCCAGAGGUUACAAGCAUCCAUGCCAUAAAUGCAGAUCGUAGCAGAGGCUGCUCCCAGAGUGCUGUUCUCCAGGCCCUCUCCACCCAGUCCUCCAGACUCACCAGUAUAAUUCUGGCUGAAGAUGUCGUUACAGGACAGGUACUGCGUUGCGACGCUAUCGUGGACAUCAUCAGUGAGAUUCAGAUAGUGUCCACCACCCGAGAGCUGCAUCUGGAGGAUUCCCCACUGGAACUGAAAAUACAUGCACUGGACUCUGAGGGGAACACCUUCAGCACCCUUGCGGGCCUGGUAUUUGACUGGACCAUAGUGAAAGAGGCAGAUGUGAAUGGAUUCACCGAUUUGUACAAUUCAUUACGGGUACUCAAAUUCUCUGAGUCCACAUACACACCCCCUGGGUACAUCACUGAAAUGGAGCGUGUUGGAAAACAGGGGGAUAUUAUUUUGGUGUCUGGACUGAAAACGGGACAUGCUAAGUUAAAGGCAAAAAUACAAGAAGCUCUGUACAAGGAUGUGGGAGCAGCGGAGGUGAGACUGCUCAUUCUAGAGAACAUCCUGCUGAGUCCCGCACAUGAUGUCUACUUGCUGGCUGGCACCUCCAUCCAGUACAGGGUCCAGAAGAUCAGACAGGGCAAGAUCACAGAACUCUCUAUGCCCUGUGAUCAGUAUGAGCUUCACCUUCAGAAUGGUGUGGUUGGACCUGAUGGAAACCCUGAGCUUGCAGUAGCCAGCCUGGACCAAAGCACCUCCUCAGUCAAAGCCAUUCAACUGGGACACAUCAAUGUGGUGCUGGACCAUAAGAGCCUUCGCAUGCAAGGAGUGUCUCGUCUGCCCAACAGCACGCUCUACGUGGUUGAACCAGGCUACCUCGGUUUUAAGAUUAAUCCGGGAGACAGCUGGGUUCUUGAAACGCGCAGAAUGUAUGAAAUCUUCAUUGAAGUGUUUGACAAAUCUGGCAGCAGAAUUUAUCUGUCUGAUAACAUACGCAUAGCCACAGUUCUGCCUUCUGAGUAUUUUGAAAUCCUUGAGUCUUCUCUGAAUGGAUCAUACCACCGCGUCAGAGCACUGAAAGACGGCCAGACCCUCAUCGAUGCUACACUCAAAUCUGUUGUGGAUCAAAAUGGAAAAAUCCAUGAACUUGUCAACCUGGUUCACAAUGAGCAGGAUGUGGAAAUCUGUAACCCCAUCGUGCUUAGUCCCAGUAUUCUUACAUUUCCAUGGCAGACCAAGGUUGGAGCUUACCAGUACACAAUAAAGGCAACAGGAGGCAGUGGCAAUUUUAGCUGGUCCUCCUCCAACACAGCCGUUGCCAUGGUGACAGUGAAAGGAGUGAUGACAACUGUCACUGACAUUGGCGUCAGCACAGUGCACGCUCAUGACGUACGCAAUCCGCUGCACUACGGCCAGAUGAAGGUGUAUGUUGUGGAGCCUGUGGCUAUGGAUUUCUCUCCUUGCCCAGUGGAGGCCAGAGUGGGUACGGUGCUGGAGCUGCCCCUCAGGAUCUUUGGUCUUUUGGGCGAGGGAGGCAAGGAGGAGGAGGGGGAGAGGGUCAUGUUGAGCGACUGCUUCCACUUUGACCUGCAAGUCGAGGAGGAGAACCACGGUAUCUUCCAGCUGCUGGAUGGGAGGCUGGCUCCAGGCCAGGACCACUGCAGUGGGGUGAGGGCCAAGGCCCUGGUUCCUGGGUACACAGACCUUACAGUUAGCUACACCCAUGGAAACGUUCACCUCAGUGCCAAGAUCACCAUUGCUGCCUACCUUCCUCUCAGAGCGAUCGACCCCGUCUCUUCUGCCUUGGUGACUCUGGGCUCAUCUAAAGAGAUGCUUUUUGAAGGAGGUCCAAAGCCGUGGGUUUUGGAACCGUCCAAGUUCUUCAGAAACUUGAAGGCCGAGGAUGAGGACAGUGUUAAUCUGGCACUUAGUGGCCCUUCAUCUCACAGCUAUAACCAACAUUGGGUCAGAGCCACCUGCAGGGCCCUGGGUGAGCAGGUUUUGGAGGUGAAUGUUGGAAACAACCCCAGCUUGACCAAUCCCUACCCUGCUCUGGAGCUGGCAGUGGUCAAGUUUGUGUGCUCCCCCCUGUCCCGGCUCACCUUGGCCCCGGUGUACACCAGCCCGCAGCUUGAUCUGACUUGCCCGCUGCUGCAACAUAGCAAACAAGUAGUGCCUGUCUCAAAUUACCGUAACCCCGUUUUGGACUUGGCUGCUUUCGACAGCCAAGGAAGGAAGUUUGACAACUUCAGCUCGCUGAGUAUAAAGUGGGAGUCGACCAAAGUGUCGCUGGCCAGUAUUGAACCCACCAUGCCCAUGGAGCUGGAGCCACAUCUGGACAGCAACAAACAGAAGAAACUUCACGGUCGUCAAACAGUUCUUGUGCACCAUCAAACUGGGAUUUCUGCCAUUACAGUAACUGCUUUUGGUUACCAGGGUCCUCAUCUGAAUGCAGCUAAAGUUCUCACUCCAUAUGACCCCCUGACCCCUGUCUCGGCCACUCUGGAGCUCCUGCUGGUGGAAGAUGUGACAGUCAGUCCCAGUGCAGUUACCAUAUACAACCACCCAGAUGUGUGGGCCGACCUGGCUCUGCGAGAGGGUUCGGGGCAUUUCUUUGUCAAUACCAGCAUUAAAGGGAUAGCAGAGGUGUUGUUCCAAGAGGCCCAGGGAACAGCUCAGGUUAUCCCCAUCCAUCCAGGGGUGGUAAAAGUGAUGGUUCAUGACCUUUGUUUGGCGUUUCCAGCCCCUGCCAAGGCCACAGUACAUGUCUGUGACAUUCUGGAGGUUUAUGUGAGAGUAGUUGACAAGGUGGAGAUUGGGAAAUCUGUGAGAGCUCAUGUUAGAGUUCUGGGUGAUGACAAGAAGCCCUUCCCAGCCAAAUAUUUCCGUUUCAUGAACCUGAAACUAAAGGCAGCCUCUGCAAUUGUCUCUCUCCAAGCAUUGCCUGAUCCCUUGGAAAAGGACACGGCCAUAUUUCUGGUCAAAGGUCUCUCUAUUGGUCAGACUACACUGUCGGCUGUUGUUGUAAAUAAAAAUGGAAAGAAAAUAACAUCCGCGCCCCAGCAAAUAGAGGUUUUUCCACCGUUUAAGCUCAUCCCGAGAAAGAUGACUCUGUUAAUCGGGGCAAUGAUGCAGAUCACAUCCGAAGGUGGCCCCCAGCCUCAGUCCAACAUCCUUUUCUCCAUGGCCAAUGAGGAAAUAGCCUCAGUUAAUGGCAUCGGCCAUGUCAGGGGUAUUGCCAUUGGUAAUGUCACUGUCACUGGACUGGUUCAAGCUGUUGAUGCCGAGACUGGGAAGCUGGUCAUUAUUUCUCAGGAUGAAGUAGAAGUUGAAGUUGUGCAAUUGAAAGCCAUUCGAAUCAGAGCUCCCAUCACAAGAAUGAAGACAGGGGCACAGAUGCCUGUAUAUGUGAUGGGUCUGACCAACAGCCAGACACCCUUCUCUUUUGGCAGUGCUGUCCCUGGCCUCACUUUCCACUGGUCCACCACUAAGAGAGACAUUGUGGAUGUCCAAUCACGUCACAGUGAGGCCAAUUUGCGGCUCCACGCGAAGCAUAACUUCGCCAUGAGUUUGACUGGCAGAACUAGAGGGCGGACUGGGCUGAAAGUGGUGCUCAGAGCGACCAACCCCGAGGAAGGGAAGCUGGAGGGAAACCUGCAGGAGCUGAGUGAUGAGGUCCAGAUCCAGGUUUAUGACAAGCUGCACAUGAUUAAUCCAGAAGUGGAGGCAGAGGAGAUACUGAUGGCUCCGAACUCGAUUCUCAAGCUCCAAACUAACAGGGACGGUGUGGGUGCUGUUUCCUACCGGAUGCUGGAGUGCCCCGACCAGGGUGUCAUUGCCCAAGUGAAUGAUAAUGGUCUUCUCUCCUCUGGCUCUCUUACCGGCUCCUCCUCCCUACUGGUCACCUCACAGGAGCCGUUUGGUGUCAACCAAACUCUCAUCCUUGCUCUCAAGGUGGUCCCUGUAUCUUAUGUGCGCUUCAGUACCAGUGCAGCACUUCACACCUCCAAAGGAGAGAUCCUGUCUGCCAUUCCCCUCGGCAUGGUGCUGACCUUCACUGUCCAUUUUCACGGCAGUUCUGGAGAGACCCUGCACAGCUCCAACUCCCACCUUACUUUCUCCACCAAUAGAGAUGACCUGGUGCAGGUGGGCGUGGGGCCUGGCAACAACACUGUGACGGUGAGGACUGUCAACGUGGGCCUAACCCUUCUAGCUGUGUGGGACCAGGAGCAGAUGGGUGUGGCAGACUACCUCCCACUGCCUGUCAUGCAUGCUAUUUACCCAGAGGAGGCCCACCGGCUGGUUGUGGGGGACGUAGUCUGCUUCAGUGCCCAUUUCAUUAGCCCAGAGGGUGUUCAUGGUACCUGGAGCUCCUCAGCCAACAGGGUGCUUCAGGUGGAUCCAAAAAGUGGUUCAGCUGUGGCCAGAGACUCGGGGACCGUCUCCAUAUACUACGAGAUCCCCGGCAUCCUGAAAACGUACAGAGAGGUCGUGGUGGAGUCAGCAUCACAGACAACAGUUAUGGCUCAAGCUGUACCGGUCAGGAAUGAUCGGGAGACCAAGGUCCUGCUCACCACCCGAGAAACAGGAACCAACCUUGUAGGAUCGUGCUCCUCGGCCCAGACUGACGCCAUUACCCAGCUGCACCCGGAGACCUCCAUCAGCUGCCAUCUCAGCUUCACUAGCGACGCUAUCGACUUCUCUGCUCAAGACGUCUUUAGCAUACACACGGGCUUCGAUCCCAGCACUGGCUUCUACACAUGCUCCAUGACCCUAAAGUCUAUGAGUGACCAGCAGACCCGCAUGCUGAGUAUGUCCAUGACUAACCUGUUGGUGAAGGCAGCCGUGGAGGGCAGUACAUUCUCCGGGGAGCAGGUCACUGCCAGGCUGCCCAUAGAGCCAGGUCUCUAUUCUGACCAGACGGAGCUCAUGCUCUCCAACCUGCACCCCUUGGCUGAGCUCACCAUCUAUGGCCCUGCCGCGACGCUGUCCAACAUGGAGGUGGUGUCGACUUCUCCCACCAUUGCCGUCCUGGAAAAGGAGACAUACCAAGGUUUCCCCAGUUUCUCCAAGUACACAGUCAGUGUUGUAGACCCCCAGGGAGCAGUCUCUGCUUAUAUUUCUAUUAGCAGUUCUUCCUCAGGCCAGAGCCUCCUCAUCCCGGUCAAUAUCAUUCACGUCACUGACCCCAGCUCUGCCAUGCAAGCUGCUGGUCCAGUUGUUGGUGUGGCGGGGGGCGACUCCCUGCAGAACGUCAUAGACACCUACCAGAUGAUGUUCUUCACCUUAUUUGCUCUGCUGGCUGGCACAGCCAUUAUCAUCAUCGUGUGGCACGCCAUCUUCUCUCCAAGAGACGAAGCUCUUCACCCUGGUCUCAUACAUCGGAUGCACCACACUGCAGGUUUGGGAUCCCCAGGGUCAAAUUCUUUCAACCACAUGACACCCAGUCCCAGCCCAAACAGCAGGUCUAAGUUGUGUCUCUAUUCUCCAGAGUACAAAUCCUGAUAAAGCCCUCUUCCCGUUCUCCACUCUGCAUGAGUGAAGCGCAAUCUUAUGUGCCUCUGUCCUUCAAGAGGAAUGCUGCAGGAUACGACUUCAAAAUCGUAAAAUUAGAAUGUCAUCAUAGGUUUGUACAGUUGUUGCAGCUAAGAUCUACAAACCUCUAAAGCAGGUUAGCUGGACUACUUUCUUUAUAACGUCUGUGUGUUUGAAAUCAAAGUGCAUAUUACAUGGCCUGAGUUUGUAGAAUACAGUUUUGUUUUGUUUUUUACUGAAUCUAGUUUGCUUGAAACGCUGAAGUGUGCUUUGCAUAAAUUGUGUGCUGUCCAGUUAUGUAUUAUUUGACAUUUGAGAUUUGUAUAAUAAUUCAAAGUUUAGGUUGAUGUGACAUUUAAGGAACUCAGGAUGAUUUGAAUGAUGGUUGUCUGCCAAUGUUAAUGACUGUUUAUUUCUGUGAUACAAGUAGAAGAACAAUAUGCACUCGGCAGGCAACGUUGUAGCCUACAGUUUUUGUGAAAAAGAUGACCACUGAAGCCGUCCUUUUCAUGUGCUCCAUACAGUAUGUGCACAUAAUCAGGAUCUAAGAAAAUAGUGUCCCAUUUUAUUUAUUUAAUUUUUUUGUGGCAUUCUCUGAUACGUAGUUCAGCUUCCUACUUAACGGGGCUGAAUUUUGAGCCAAAAUACAUGCAUCUCUUUUCCUCACUCAUCAAUGUGAACGUUAAAUGUGAACCACCUCUCAGCUUAUAAAACCCAAUGUUCCUUUGAUGCAAUCAAUAUGACCUGGUCCUGUUUCUGGAAAGGGUUUGUUUAUCGGUGAUAGUUUUUAUUUUUGUUGCCUGUUCACAUCAUUAGGCAGUGAUUACUGUAGCUACUCUUAAACUAAUGCGACAUAAGAGAAUGACUUUUUUUGCAAUGAGAGCUAUUUUUGUAUUCAAGGAAAACGUGUUAAACUAUUUAUGUUAGCUAGUUGAAUUCAGUUUUGCCAGUGCAGAAGGAAUAUGUACUUCUAUGUGAUAUCUAAUGGUUUUAUUGCAAAUUUGAUUGUUUUGCAGUCAGGCCUCAUCAUCCUAUCCUAACGGCUUCCAGCGCUCACUAUAAUAACAAAAAGAGCUAGUUUGCUUGCGUGAAUUUGUC